AAAUCUUUCAAGAUAACAUUAGUAUCAUACAAAAACAAAACAUAGAAAAACACCCAAAACUCCAAUCAAACCCAAACCCAACUAUUGGCCCUCAAAAGUUUCCAUAACAGGAUUUUAAAAUAAAAUUCAAGGGCAAAAGUGGUCAUUAACUCAUUAUUCAUUAAAAAAAAAAGUACAUUAGAUAGAUCAUAUAGAUUAUAGUUGCAUUUGCAUACAUACGUUCUACCUUCUCUCAUUCAUCAACCUCCCCCCCAAAAAAAGUCCCCACUCUCUCACACACACAUAUUGUUUGUUUAUAUGCGCUAUUUUCUCUCUCCUCCCUCUCAACCACCUCAAAACCACCGUCCACUACCAAACACGGCCUUAAGAAAAUGCCGACAAAAAGAGGGUAAAUUUGACAAUUCCAUCAUAAGUGAAGGAGAUAGGGAGGUGGUAGAUGCAUGACCACCAUCAACAACUUCUACUUUCUUAACUCUUUUUGUCUUUUUUACCCUUUGCCACCUUCCAAUAUUUUUUCCUAAUUCCUUGAAUAACCAAGUUUUUUUUUCUUCUUAUUUGCUAACGCCCAAAUAUUAGACUUUUUCGUCGUUACUAUUACUGGUAUGGUGUAAUUUUUUUUUUAAUGUAUAUGUGUUUUUGCUAAUUAAUAUCUCAAUUACCAUGUUGUUGAUGAUUAGUGCUAGUUUUUUUUAAUGGGUAUUCGUCAAAUUAUGCGUUAAUGUACCUCAGAUAAUGUAGUUGUAUUUUUUUUUGUUUCAUUAGUGUAAAGUUUUGAUCUUGAGUGAUAAUAUUAAAGAAUUUAUUUUCUUCUAAAUUUUUUUGAAUUGUUAAGUGUUUUUUUUUUUCGAGAGAAGAUUGUUAAGUGUUUAUAUAUAACUUUGGUUAAUUUGUUGCAAUUUUCCUGGUUUUGUGUUUUUAUGUAUUUAUUUCUUUGGUGAAGAUUUUAUUUUUGGGGUUAUGAGAUUCCUCUGUCUUUGCAAAGGUGGUAUGUUGGUUGGCUUGACUUUAAGGAAGACUUUGAAUAAAAAUAAAAAAAAGGGUUGAUUAGAUUGUGUCUUUUUCUUUGAAUUCCAAUUUCCACAUUGUUUUCUUUUUGGGUAAAUAUGAAUUUUGAUGAUAUAACCUAUGAUAAUUGAUGGACUUACUUUGGUAUAAUUGGAAGUUUACUUUUCACUUUGUGAUUGUGUUGAGUUCUUUAUAAGGUAUGCUUACAUUGCCCACUUUGUGGGGGGUUUGAAUUUUACUGUUGAUGAGGACCAUGCUUAUAUGUAUAAUCGUUUUGCGCUUUGAUUCUUCUUUCUUUUUACCAUAAGUCAUUUUUUAUAUGAUCAUGUUGCAAGAUUUCUUUAUAAUCAUCAUUAAUUAGUUCGUAAUCUGCUAUCGGGUUACCCAAUUAGCUUUCAGAUAAGAUGGUGAUGCACUAACUGAUAUUGUUUUCAAAAAGUGGUGAAAAGUGAUGAAACGAGAAGGCACGGCAAGAAGAAAGAAACGGACUAAGGGAGACUUUGAAUGUCUUAUGAAUUUGACUGUCUUUUCUUUUGCAUAUAUUUUAGCUUUUUGGUGCAUAAGAUGACCUUGAAUUUCACAAUUAUUUUUGUUGUGUUUUGUUCAAUGAAUUAAAGUCUGGGAAGACUCACGUAUGUAUGUCAUGGUCUUUCUAUAGCACACAUACUAGAAAGACCACACAUACUAAAUGUUAUAUUUAUGUGCUUAUGUGUUUUUCUGAUAGGACUAUGGUGAGCUUAAGGAGACGUAAACUGUUAGGGCUUUGCACCGGUGUGCAGAAUUCUUUUCUUGCUCCACUUCCACUAUUAUUGAAGAAUGGAAAUGCACCGGCGGAAGAUGCUACUCGUUGCUCAAACCCUGGGAGUGUACAUCCCAUUCCUUUAGAUGAUUUGAAUAUAAGUCAUCCACAGGAGGUGAAUGAUCCAUCACGAGAAAUUGGCUCAUCAAAUGUUUCUGAUUCUAGCAAUUCGUAUGAUCAGCGUAACCAACCAAAUCAACCAAAUAUUAGUGGUUCAACCUCAUCGAAAGAGCUGUAUGGUCAACCCAUUACAGAGCUAGAAGUGAAGCGCAGAAAGCAACAUCGCAGAAGGCGAAUAAACAAUCAAGAGCAAUAUGUGCUCACAGGUGUUUAUUUCAAGAAUAUGAAAUGGCAAGCUGCCAUAAAGGUUGACAAAAAACAAAUUCACCUAGGUACCGUGAGUUCACAAGAGGAAGCUGCUCGUCUAUAUGAUAGAGCUGCAUUUAUGUGUGGGAGGGAACCCAAUUUCGAGCUUUCAGAGGAGGAGAAGCAACAACUUCGAAAGCUCAAGUGGAAUGAAUUUCUGGCAAUGACGCGCAGUGCUAUAAAUAGCAAAAGAACCAGAAGAGGGAAUGUGACAGGAAAAGGGGCACCUUCAGUUCAGAAUUCUGAUUGGGAAGGUGAACAUGGAGUGAAGGGUUUCUCUGCUUCUGAUGAUGCAGACACAUCCACCUCCUGAAUGCUUAUAUCUUAUAUCUAGAUUUAGGGUGAAUUUUCACUGAUUCUUAAUUCUUUAGUUAAUCAGCCUCAGAUAUAUUAAGUCCCUCUCUCUUAGGCCAGUUAUAGAACUUACCUCUGCUGCCAAGCAGAUACUGAUGCAUAGGCUAUUAUAUAGUACCUCCGCCUUAUUGGCAUUAUUGUUGAUUCAAUUAUAUCUAGCUUACUUCAGAUUUUUGUUACA